AUGUCUACAAUUUCUCCGGUUUUUUCAUCUGAGCCGGUUUUUGCCAAUCAUGUACCGGCUUUGGAAACUGGAUUCACCCCAUGGGACGCAUCCGAUCUAUUCUCCUUCUUCGAUUCACCGGUUAGUCCCAUGGAAAUGAAUCCCGGUUUGGAAAAAACAAACCCAAGUCAAAUUCAAAACCAAAGUUAUUCCAAUCCCGGUUUGAAAGAUAAACCCUUGGACUGUACCGGCUCGAACGAUGUCGAUGAGCGGCGAAAGAAACGUAAAUUAUCAAACCGGAAAUCAGCUCAGCGGUCGAGGAUCAAGAAACAAAAACACCUAGAAGACGUGAGAAUCGAACUUAACAAGCUCAAGAUCGAGAACCGGGAACUAGAGAACCGGCUCCGACACGUUUUGUAUCAUUGUCAACGUGAACAGAUGGAAAAUGAUAGUUUACGGUUGGGGCUCCGUGUUCUCCACGAGAAACUGUUGAACUUACGACAAGCUUUGGUCAUGCGCCAAAUCCAACAGAGCUCAACGUGUGCUACGUGGUCAUGUAUUAAUAGCCUUGUUUGA